AUGGCGGCGAUCUGGGUGAACGGCGUAAAUGAUAAUAAUGCCGAUGAUGAAGUUGUUGUUGUUAUUGUUGCUGCUGAUGGUGAUGAUGAUAGUGGCGCACUUUGUGAACUGCGCGUGGCCCCAGCAUGUCAAAAAACGAUUACGCACCUUCAUGGAUUACGCAUUAAUGGCACUUUUCGGUGGAGUGAACAGCAAACCAGAGAUUUGCUUACGAUUUUCUUUGAGAAUGUGAAGGCUAAUCCGGAACAAUUUGAGAAACCAACUGCUCAAAAAUUUUAUGAUCGCAUUAAGCAAAAUUCGCCAAAGUUAUGCACAAUCAAAGGGGAUAAUAUGCGCACAAAAAUGAGACACCUUAAAACAAGUUUUUUGGCCGCGGUCAAGUGGAAAAGCCAAACGGGCGCAGGAUUGCUUGAGAAUGGAGAUGUAACCAGUGUAGAAGAAUACAUUAAAAAGACUUGUCCAUUUUAUAAUGACCUACACGCAAUUUUUGCACGGCGCAUCAAUAUCCAGCCACCAGCAAUCUAUCAGUCUACAACGACAACAAAAAGAAAUUUGAAGAGAGCUGAAAGCUCGAGCCCAUUUGCUCUAUUAUUUGAAAUUCAAAAGAAAAAGGUGGUUCGGUUAGAAACACAAAAACUGGAAUUUUAA